AUGUCUCGUGUGUAUGUUGGUAAUCUGGAUUCGAGAGUCACGGAGAGGGACCUUGAAGAUGAAUUCCGUGUUUUUGGUGUUAUUCGAAGUGUCUGGGUUGCUCGAAGACCACCUGGCUAUGCUUUUAUUGAUUUUGAUGACCGAAGAGAUGCACAGGAUGCUAUUAGGGAAUUAGAUGGUAAGAGUGGUUGGAGGGUUGAGCUUUCUCACAAUUCUAGAACUGGUGGUGGCGGUGGCGGCGGCGGCGGUGGUGGUCGUGGUCGCGGCGGUGGAGGCGGUUCUGACCUGAAGUGUUAUGAGUGUGGUGAACCUGGCCAUUUUGCCCGUGAAUGUCGCAAUCGUGGUGGUUCAGCAAGACGCCGUAGCCGUAGUCCACCUCGAUUUCGCAGGAGUCCAAGUUAUGGGCGAAGGAGUUUCAGUCCUCGUGGGCGGUCUCCCAGGCGCCGCAGCGUGUCACCUCGUGGACGCAGCUACAGCAGGUCACCACCUCCUUACCGUGCCCGUGAGGAGGUGCCAUAUGCUAAUGGAAAUGGCAUUAGGGAUCGACGCCGAAGCAGAAGUUGA